AUGGCCACUGAAGCCACAGCCGAUGAAGCAAAGAAGGAGGAGAUAGACCUGAACAAAAUGGCCAAGAAGCAAGGGUUAAUGACGGAUGAUGAGUUCCAAGCGGUUUUGAGCAAGGGAGAUAGGAUCGUGGUAAACCCCGAAGGGGUGGCUGAGGUACUGGACCUCGCAUCCCAGGCAGUAGGAAGGGGGGAAACAACCAUGGAAGCAGAUGAGUCAGAGGGGGUAGUCCACCAAUCCGUGGAGGAGAUGACAGAAGAACAACCGGAGAAAGCUGAGCAACUUGAGGAGGAGAGGCAAGAACCAGAAACACAUCAAGAGGAAGCCCCAGUGUCCAACAAGGCAGGAGCAAACACAGCAGCAGAUGCAGUGGAGGUCUCUAGCGAAGACGAGAAGACUACUCCUACAAAACCCGGGGAGAAGCCCUCGAAAGCUAGCCAGAAGGACACCCAAAUGGCAACAGGGACAGUAUCAUCAACGCCGACUGACCAGAAGGAGAAUGCUGACAAGGUGGCUGAGGGUCUGGACCUCGCAUCAGAGUCAGUAGGUCGGGAGGAGGCGACAAGAAGUGAUACUAGUACCCGUGUGGUGACCGAGCCUACCACCUAG